GAAAAAAAGCCCCAAAAAACGUGUAGUAAAUAGUACUGAGGCACGCGCGCGCGCUCCCGUGUAUGUGUGUGCGGUUGGUUGUCAAAUCGUGCACGAAGCAUUAUAUUAAUUCGGUGGCAGUGGGACUCGCACUGUAUCGUGGGCACGCUUCCCAAUCUCAAGGUCUCAAUGGAGCAUCGGGGCGAACCUGGUGGUAGUAGUAGUAGUGGUGGUGGUAUUCGCACUAAUGCGCAGACGAAGAAGGCACGCCGUACGAUGGGACACAAUGUGCAGGUGGCGGUCGCCACACUCAACCAGUGGGCGAUGGACUUCCAGGGCAAUCUCGAGCGCAUCCUGCUAUCGAUCAAUAUUGCCGCGGCGAACGGUGCCACCUACCGGACCGGACCCGAACUUGAGGUUAGUGGAUACAGCUGUGAGGAUCACUUCCACGAACCGGACACGUAUCUGCACUGCUGGGAGGCAGUGGUCGAGCUGGUCCAGGCACCGAUCACGCAAGGCAUGCUGAUCGACGUCGGUAUGCCGGUGCAGCAUCGUAACGUCGCGUACAACUGUCGCGUCGCGUUCUACAACGGCCGCAUCGUGCUGAUCCGACCGAAGAUGAUCAUGUGCGACGAUGGUAACUAUCGCGAAACGCGCUGGUUUUCCCCGUGGACGAAGGAACGCCAGACGGAGGACUAUCAGUUGCCCCGGUUUGUGGCGCUUGCGCUCGGGCAGGAAACGGUCCCGAUCGGGGACGCAGUGAUCGCUACGCUCGACACCUGCCUGGGGUACGAAAUCUGCGAAGAGCUGUGGAAUCCGCGCAGCAAACACAUCGACAUGUCGCUCGCCGGGGUGGAGAUUAUUGUGAACGGGUCGGGCAGCUACAUGCAGCUCCGGAAGGCACACAUCACGACGGAUUUGAUCCGGAACGCAAGCUACAAAGCGGGCGGUGCGUAUCUGUUCAGCAAUCUGCGCGGUUGCGAUGGACAGCGGGUGUACUUCAACGGUUGCUCGGCAGUCGCACUGAACGGGUCGAUCAUUGCCCGCGGUCGUCAGUUUGCGCUUAGCGAGGUAGACGUUACGGUCGCUUCGUUCGAUCUGCAAGACAUUCGGGCGUACCGUGGUGCGUUGAGAUCGCGCAGCUCGCUCGCUGCUUCGGCACCGACCUAUCCGCGCAUACAGCUGCAGCUCGAGCUAGCCUCGUCCGACCGGGACCAUCCGGGUACGCCGGCAAGCAGUCCGCUCGGGGAGUGGGUAUAUCAUCGGCCGGAGGAGGAGAUUGCUCUGGGGCCCGCCUGCUGGCUGUGGGACUAUUUGCGCCGUUCCGGGCAGGGUGGAUUCUUUCUGCCGCUGAGCGGUGGCGUCGAUUCGAGCAGUACCGCCAUCAUCGUGUACUCGAUGUGCCGGUUGGUGGUGGAAGCGGUUGAGCAGGGCGAUCGGCAGGUGCGGGACGACUGCCGGAAGAUACUGGCCGAUCCGGAGUACGUGCCAACGAGCGCGUCGGAGCUGUGCGGCCGUUUGCUGUUUACCUGCUACAUGGGGACGGAAAAUUCUAGCCGCGAAACGCGUCAACGGGCCGCCACGCUGGCCGGCCAGAUCGGUAGCUCCCAUCUGGACAUUGGUAUCGAUGGGGCGGUUAGUGCGCUGCUGGCCAUCUUCCAGACGGCGACCGGGUUGCGACCCCGGUUCCGGGCGGCCGGCGGUUGCCCACGGCAGAACCUGGCCCUACAAAACAUACAGGCCCGUACGCGCAUGGUCCUGUCGUAUCUGUUCGCGCAGCUAAUGCUCUGGGUACGGCAACGGCCCGGCGGUUUGCUCGUGCUCGGUUCCGCCAACGUGGACGAAGCACUGCGCGGCUACAUGACCAAGUACGACUGUUCGUCGGCGGACGUGAAUCCGAUCGGUGGCAUUUCGAAGGUGGAUCUGCGACGGUUCCUCGCGUACGCCCAGAUCGAGUAUGGGCUGCCGGUGGUGACGGAAAUCGUGGCCGCACCCCCGACAGCCGAACUGGAACCACUGGUUGACGGUGCGAUCGCACAAACCGACGAGGAGGACAUGGGACUCACCUACCAGGAGCUGAGCGAGUUUGGACGCCUACGCAAACAAGCGUUCUGUGGUCCGUUCAGUAUGUUCUGCAAGCUAGCGGCGGCUGCCGUUGCCGAUGGGAACCGCGAUCCGAAGGAGGUGGCCGACCGGGUCAAACACUUCUUUCGCUGUUACGCGAUCAACCGGCACAAGAUGACGGUGCUGACACCGUCGUACCAUGCGGAAUCGUACAGCCCGGACGAUAACCGGUUCGACCAUCGGCCGUUCCUGUACCGGGCGAACUGGACCUGGCAGUUCCGGGCGAUCGAUGCUGAGCUGGAGCUGCUCACGAAGCAUCAGGCACGCACCGAGGAGGCGGCUGCCCAACAACAACAACAACAGCAACAACAAGCGAACAGCAGUAACGCUGGUUCCGGAUAUGCCGGUAACGAUCUUCUCUUCUUCUCCGGGGGAAGUGGUGGCGGUGGUGGUGGUGGAGGAGGAGGAGGAGUUGGUAUGAGCAGUGCGGCCAGUGCACAUCAGCUAGUGCGUCAAUCGAGCGGACUAUAUCUGACAGGCGUUAGUGGUGGUGGUGGUGUUAGUGACGGCACCGGACAGCUGACCGUCGGGUUGACCAAAUCCCACAGCAGCGGCGGCUACAGUCGCAUGCAUUCCAGUGUGCUGGGCAAAAUCAAGGACCGUACCGGUGUACCGGUGUAAGCAAAGGGGAAAUUCAUCUGCACAACGACACUACACGCCGCUUCCUACGUUCCGAACUGCCUCAGCACACACCAACACAAGGCAAGGAGAUGCUUCUAGACGAUAGCGACAGCUCACGAGGGUCAAACGUGUUUACAUACUGACGGCUGUCAAACGGCGUGUGUACCGUUGAGUCUUCUAAAAGCAUAGUCUAACACCAAACACACAGACACAAACACACACAUACAUAACACCCCCAUAUUACCAAGGGUGCCUCUCUCCAUAACAAUAAUGAAUUGGACAGCUUUGUGGACAGCCGGGAACGACUGCUUCCCAAGUAGUAGUUCCUAACCGUGAUCGUGAAUCGUGGCUCCUCGAUAACGCAUUAUUAGCAGCUAAGUAGUAAGCUUUCUUCCAACGAGUUUUUGUUUUUUUCUUCUUUGGUCGUGGUUAUUCAUCAGCAGCGUACGAUCGAAACAUAUCACGCAAAAGCACACUCGAAACCGCGUAGAAUUCCGCGUCUACGAAACAAACCAGUUAUCGGUACUCUGGGCGUAGUAUGUCGUGUAGGUGGGCUUCUUAAACGAUUUACUUAUAGGCAAACGUAAAUUAAAAAAAAAAAGCUCCGAAAGGAAGAAAGAGAUUCUUUUGAGGAGAAAAGAAAGAAGAGAGAGAGAGAGAGAAAAACAACAAACAGGAAUUGACGAUCUCCGUUCGGCAUUCGGAGCACCUCGAUCGGAGGCUGUAAACCCGUUGUGGUAGCUCAGGUAGUACAAUGUAGGCUACACUUUCGUAGGACGAUAGAAUAAGUGCUAGUGCCCGGGGAAAGUGCCCGUUCCGAAAUUAGAUGAACAAAAACACACACACACACCCACAAACACGCGAGAACCUCAUAGUAAACAAGUAGUAGUAGCGAGUAGUAGAGGAGUAGUUGUGUGUGGGGCAUAUAUGACCGUCAUGAAUAGUUCACGAGUACACGGACGCGUUUGUAUGCUUCUCUCGGUUAUUUCGGGCGCGGAGAAGAAGGGAACGGAGGAGAAGGGAGGAGGAGGAGGAAGUAUGUUGCAAUCUUCUUCCGUUCUUCCUUUCCAUUCCUUCACGGACACCCGCACACAUCCUGAACGCGACCGGGGUGAUGUGUGCGGGUGUGUGCUUGGGUUGUUUUUCAGUUUGUUUGUAUGUGUGAGCGUUGAUCCGUUUUGCGCUGCCCAUUCCCGAUGGAUGGGAAGCUCGUUUCCUACGACAUGUUCUUAACCGCUUUAGAUAACUAAACCUUUUUAGCUAACACGGGGCUGUAACGUUUUGAGACGAGCAAGAGAGUAUCUUUUAGCAAAUAAGACUAAAUCGGUACGACAACUACCAAAACACACAACACAACAACAACCACACUAUUAUAGGCGCAGCACCAACACAUACAAAACUCUACUAAAAUACGCAAAAUAAAGCGCAUGUUAUUACGGAACGCGUUUUUUACUCCUUUCGCUACGUUUUUUAAUAGUGUGUGCAAAACACUAACACUACUACUCACGAAAACACACACACUCACAUCUUUCAUAACUUGCGGGAACAAAUAGUAAUUCUAAGUCGUUAAAAACGUAAUUUUACUGUACGGGAGGAGAAACCAUUUUGGCGUUAAUAUGUGUGUGUGUGUGUUGUGGUGCGAAAACCACUCAUACAACGUAGGAGAGUUUAAAUAAAUGAUAGCAUCCAAAAAAGGUAGAUAACAUUCGUACGCACUCACACACGCACACACACUUUUUGGGCUUUAUAAACCUUUCUAGUAUGGGUACGAGAAGCAGCAACCAAAACCACUCACCACCACACCCAAGUCACUUACCUAACAAUAAAAGAACAACAACACAACAAUUAUACCGUAGUAGUUCAAAAUGCAAUUUUGUUAACAAACCAAAAACCUAAAUAAAAUCGAAUCGAAAGCGAAAAUUUAAA